AUGGAAGAUGAAAAAAAAUCUGAUUUUGUUCAAAUGCUGAACAACCAAGCCAAGAAGGCUCUCAUCUCAUUUGAAAACUGCAAAUGGCAUGAUGAUAUUUUUCCACCAAAGAAUGCUUUGAAAAGAGUUUGUGAAGAGUUGGUGCUAAAUUUAGUACUCUCAGAUGUUGACACAGAAGAUUCCAAUUCAUAUAACGCAGACCUUCUUUUCAAUUAUCUUGAUUUUGCUACUUGCAAGGACGAUGAAAAAGCAUGGUUUCUUUUCACAGAUUUGUUGGUCAAGAACCUCAUCAAUGACAAGUCAGAACUAAUGUACAAAAAUUUCGUGAACACCACCCAGAUAUGUUGGUUAGGAUUCAAGUUCAUAUAA